CCUCCCUCUUCUCCGUUCUCCACCUUCCUGGCUCCCCCCUUUCUCCGUCCGUUCUGCUUCCAUCACCCCUCCUCUGUCCCCCCUCAUUCUUCUGCCCUUGGUCUACUGGGGCGGUCAGUACUGGGGGUCUCAUUUGGGGAGUCAGCCCCCUCUUGUCGGACGGCGCAGCAGAUGCACAAGUAUGCGGCAGGCCAGGCCUAAUGGCUGAGUCUGAGGCCCGAGGGCUGCCCAGGUGGGGGCAGCGGCGGGGAGGGGAGUUACGCUGAAGGUAUGAGCAGGUAGGCACCAGGUGGUCAGCACAGUGUGGAGUCCACUUCAGUGCCACGGACACUUUGACCAGCCCGUGGCUUCGGGCUGCGUAGGCGUGGACGCUGGGUCCCCAGGACACGGGGCUUUCGGUGGAGGGAAUGAGUUGGGGAGGGGCAGCUGGCACCUCCCGUCCCACCCUCCCGCAGGCCUGCGCACCCCGCCUCCCUCUGGGCAGCCCCUGCCCGCAGCCCCACCCCACCCCCGGAGGGUAGACCCUGGUGUGGAAACUGGAACAGGGUUGCCACAUCCCUGCCAGGCCUGGGUGGGGCCCUGAAACCACUGGGCCUCUGUGCUCCCGUCAUGUCUGUUCCACCGCACACUUGCCCUCCUGUUUGGUGUAUUGAUCCAUCAGCACCCCACCAGCUUCCCCAAACGGUCGGAUUUUGAAAUAAAAACUCUGAUGACUGGUGACCCCAAAGGGUAUGUUCAGCGUGGAGAGAAGGCCCCUCCUGGAAGAGGAGGUGGGGCGGUCCAGGGCCCUCUGCUGGGAACAGCGGGUGAGCACAGCCUGCAGCCCCUUCAGAGUAGCGCGUGAAAUGAGCAGGGAAGGGAGGGGGAGUGAGGCCCUGGGGCCCUGGGCACAGCAGGUGGAAACCAGGGACGGCCAGGGGCCAGCGUGGGGGGGUGGGGAGUGAUGGCUGGAGAGAGGCAGGUGAGACCCCAUCCAGACUUGGGGCUCUGUGUGCAUAUCCUGGGGACCCCAUAAUAACCCCUUGGGGGCUCAGACCAGGAAUUGUUCCAAUUCCGUGCAAAGACCACCAGAGUGAGGAGAGCACACUGUGUGACCUUGAGCAAGUCCCUUGCCCUCUCUGUGCCUCAGUUUCCCCUUCUCUCCAGGGGGAAAUUGGAGCAGGACACCUAGAGCCCCCUUCCAGCCUGACAUUCUGGGAACUCCAGUGAGGAGGAGGGGGCGAGUCCUUGCUGGCCAGCAGGUGACUGGUGUCCCCCAGGUGAAACCUGUGUGAGGACAGCUGGAAGGUGCCUCUGGAGCAGACCAGCUGCCUCCUGUGCUGGCUGCGGGCUGUGUCCUCCUGGUGCGGCCGUGGCCAGUAUGGCGCUGCCCCUUCCCUUCUGCCCUGGCAGCCCUCCCCUCGAGCCCCUCAGGGUCCAGCUAGACCCCUGAGCUGACCUGACCUGCAUCCACGUGUGGCCCCUGCUGCCCACGAGAUGUGGCGUCCCUGGUGCUGGCCACGGGCCUGGGGGCCAGCAAGGCCCUGGCUGCCAGCUUUCCCACCCGCUGGCCCUGUGGCUGCUUCAUGGGGGCCUCCCUCACCCUCUCCAUGGCUCUCGGGUACCAUGGGGGGCCUCUGGGGGCGCCCACUCGGGCCAGGCCUAUCCCACUGGAAGGGGAUGUCAGGUGGCCCAAGGGCCCUUCUUGAGAAGGCGGGAGAGACACCGCGGCUUGUGAGCUCUGCUGUUUGUGGGCAGGCCCCUAAGCUGGCGUGGGCAGCAAGUUGGCCUCAGAUGUCCAGCCUCUGGGCGGGUCAGCGACUGGUCCCCAUAGCCCUGGACAGAACAGGCUCCAGAGAGGCCUUGGCCUCAGGCCAUCUGCGUCUGCUCAAGCCUGGAGCUGUGCACCGUCCCCCUCCCACCGGGUCUUCUCCCUGGGGGCCACCUCUCCUCGGCGGUGGGCUCACACGGCUGCCGCCUUCUGCGGGGGAUUUCUGCUGCUCUAUGGGGUGAGUGUGGGGGAGACUGGUCAGUGGCUGCUCUGUUGGCCACGUGUGUCACCUCCCUCUGCACCUCCAUGCAGCACCAGGCACCUGGGGGUAGGACAGGGACACAAAGCCACUGAAUGUCUUGCCCCCCUGGGUCCAGGAAGGGGGCGCUAACCCCUGCCAUCCCUGCAGGGAGGACCCGUGGGCAUCCUUACCUCCCCCCUGCCCCGCAGGUUCCCAGCUCUGUUCCCUGGUCUCCCUGCUGGCUGCUGGCCAAACCAGGAAGGUCCUGUGGCACUUUGUGGCAGCGGGACGUGGACCCUGAGGACAGCUCAGAGGAGAGCUCCCUGGACACGGGUGAUCACCAGCGAGGGGGAAGGGAGGCCUGGGUGUCAGAGGAGGGAAGAGAGGCGUCGCCCAGAGACACGGACUCAUCCUGGGCUUCAGUUCAUGAGGAGGGGAGGGAGCAGGCAGGCUAGGGGCGUCUGCACCCUCCACCCUGGGGUGGGGGUUUGGUCACUGUUGUCCCUGGCUCAGGCUGGGCCCAGAGCUUCGCCCGGCCUCCCAGGCUGAUGAGCAGGGACCUCAGGGCCAGCUUCCUUGGCAGUCUGUCCCUGCGUGAGCCCACCUACUACCAGCCCUAAUUCCUGGUGGCCGGCCUGGAGGCAGCGGCCACCGUCUUCCUGCUCCUGAGGUCUGAUCACUGGGGGCGCCACCCAGUUCUGCCUGGCACCUUGGUCAUGGGCCUGGUGCCCCUGCUGCUCCGCCAGGCCCAGCAUGAGCGUGGGCCCUGCAGGCUGAUGGGGUCGUCAUGUUUGGCCCAGGGUCUACCCCAUGGCAGGGGUCCUGGGAUCAGCCCCCUCCUGGGGCCGCAUGAGAGAGGCACAGAGCACAGGAGACUGCUGUUCUCUUUACUCUGUCCAUCUCCCCACUGUGCACCCAGGGAAACUGAGGCCCAAAGAGUUAAGGGGUCAAAAGGAUCCUCUGCAAAGGGGCUGAAUGUAAGGGUCUGGUUUGGAUGGGGGCAAGCUGGAGCACCUGACCCCCAAGCAGAGCGUGCAGACGCAGGCAGACAGGUCGAGGAGGCCAGGCCCACGCGGGACCCUGAGACGUGGACGACUGGAGGGCAGGCCCUGGAGUGGCCUGGCGUGGGCAGCCUGGGAGUCCUUUCUGUGUCCCUAGACCUGGGCUGGACUGUGUUGUCCCUCUCUGUCCUGGGGUUCUGGGUCUCCCAGGCCACGUCCACCCUCAGCAGCUUCUUUGCAGCUAAGGUCUCCCCGACAAUGACCAGGGGGGCUCCAGGCUGCCCAGCCACACGGCAGGACGUGAGGUCCUGCCAGCCCAGUGCCUGAAGCCCCAGCCCACUUGGGGGCAGGCAGAAGGGAGGCGCGACCCCCGUGCACCUUCCUGGCUCCGUUCCAUCUUGACCUGAGUUCAGAUCAUCUUCCUGGGUGGCGUGGUGGACACGGCCCUAGGAGGGUCUGGACAACAGCUCAAGAGGCGAGGGGGCAAGGGGAGGCGAGGAGAUAGAGGCCUGGCGGGGGUGGGGGAGUGAUGAGCCAGCCCCCAGAGAGGGCAGAAUUCCAAGGAAAAAAUCGUCAUCCGAUUUUCUAAUGAAAAUAACGAAACUUGUUCCAGGGCAGAGAAGAAAAGCUUUUCCACAAAAAUUAUGAGUUUUGUUUUCCUGGCCCCCCCAUACCUUUGGUUCUGCUAAGCACUGGCCCCUCCCUGGGUCACAUGCGUGUGUCCAUGUGUCCAUCUGCGGGGGGCCGUCUGUCUCAGCUUCUUCCUGCGCACGUGGUCUUUGCCCGCCCUGUGUCCUGUCGCCUGCCCCUGCUGCUGCCCCCCACAUCCACCCGCCACACCUCCCAAAACCACUGCUCCCAACCAGCAGCCCCCAUGAGCCAGGACACGGAUGGCAAUCAAGGCCCAGGGCACGGCUGGUCCAGGCGCAGUGACCACACUGGGCAGACACCCCCUCAGAUGGCCACGUCAGUGUGGGCGGAGGCGUCUUGGGAAGAGCUGCAGGGACAGCAUGAAAGGGGUGUCCCCACUGCGCCCCUUGCCCCUGGGUGCCCCCCAACGUGUGGAGGACAGAGGCGUCCAUGGAACUUGGUGUCCUUGCUGGGUCCUCCCUCAGGCUGCACCCCGGUGUGACCACGGGUCCACUAGGACCAGGCCCACUGACCCCAUCUUCUCAACAGGGUACCUGAGAGCAGUUUUCCAGGAACUGAGAGUCAACCCCUUGUCCAGCUCAAGCCAGUUGAGAUCAACUCCUCAACUGGGUCUGUGCAAAUGCCCGGUAGGUGACCCUUUUGAUGUCAAGGGGAACGAAAGCCCCACCCCAGAUCUUGCUAAGGCCACCCUUCCGUGAACACGUGUCCUGUGCAGAGCCGUGAAGCCUGACUGUGCUGGCGCGGGUCAUCAGUGCCCUCACUCCUCCUCACCUCCAGGCAUCCAUCCCACACUUCCGACCACCUGCCCUCUGCCCCACGAGAGCUGCCCCAGGCCCUGCUCAAGGAGCCUGAGCUGAGAGCUCUCGCCGCCUGCCUCCUUGCAGGUCGACCUCGUGAUAAAGCGGUUUUCUCUUCUCACAGCUGAUGCUGUGAUAACUGGCUUCUUAUCCCAUUGGGCAAGAAAGCCCCAUC